AAAACUAUUCAGUUGCUUGUCUGUCUACAAUUACUUUCUUUCCACAAUUACUUUACAUAAAACUAUUGGCUACCGAUCUUGUAGUUGUUUGUCUGGCUGGUUUAGUUUAAUCAUGGCAAAGGUUGCUUGAGUCUUAGCUCACUCUGCACAUAUGCUUGUAGUUUUAAUGGGUAACAUGCUGGUUUUUUGAGUCUUACCUGAUCCUAGCCUUGUUUUGCUAAUAUGUGUUGCUUGAGAUAAUGACAUUACAGUUUAACACCACAACAUGUUAAUAGAUAUGCUACACAAGAUAUCAGACGAGGAUAUGUGUUAGUGAUGCAGAGAGAUGUUUUGCCUACAUGGUGAUCAUAGCUUGCUCUUUACGUAUGUUUAAUAGUUUUUUAAAUAGUAAUUUUCUUGUUUAUUACUAUUAUUUAAAACUACACGCACGUACAUUUUACUAGUUUACCAAACAAUUAGUGUGAUAUAUUAAACUGUAAAGUAACCCUCUAGUACAUAAUUAAUGCAUGCCCAAUAAAGAGGAUUUUAUGCAAUACUGCCAUUAAAGUUUAGCAACAGUAGAGCAAAACGAAACGGAUUUUCUCUUAAUUAGCUCCCCAGAAAACAGCUAACAAAAUUGAGCAGGCCAACAGAGGAGCAGAGUGCUAGGACUAGGGGUGUGGUGUUGGGAUGAGCAGUAGGAAGCACACAGCAAGGGAGGCAGCCACAAAACCGGGUGCACAGGAUCCUCGCCCACACAAGAUACGGCGAGCAUUCAAAAUUCCGCCCCCUCCUCGACGAUUCCAAAAGCCCCGAAGCCAAGCCAAGCCGCCCGCCGCCGCCGCCGCCGGCCUCCGAAUCCAACGGAAGGAAGCCCAACGAACCCAUCCAAAUCCCGCAAGGAUCACCACCUUCCUUGUUCGCAUCGGCAUUACCCCACCCCACAGCUCCACCAAAACCUUCCCCUUCUCGCCCCGUCACCUCCCUUCCCUUCCCCCUCGCCGCCUUCGCCUCGGAGAAGCAAGCGGAGAACUCCAAGGAACCCGCCGCCAUGAAGCAGAGGAAGCAGGCGCGCAAGAAGCCCAAAGAUCCCGGCGCCGUUCCCGACGGGGACGCCGUGCCGGCCAGGGGUCAUCCCGGGGGCAGGGGAGGCGGCGUGAUGGCCCGGGCGCCGCUCCCCGGCUACAUGAGGGCGACGACUUGCUCCGACGCGAAGGCCGGCACCGGCGGCCGGGCGGCGGCCCCCGCCGCGCCGCCGCCCAAGCGGGAGCCGGUGAGAGCGAAGGUCGUGUUCACGGCGGCGGCGCCGCGCGUGGGCCGGGCCACGUGCUCCUCCACCUUGAAGGGGCCCGGCGCCGGCGGGGCGCACGUCUGCCCGUACGGCUACUGCUCCCUCAAGGGUCACGUCCACGCGUCCGUGGCCCCCCUCAGCAGCUUCGUGGCCUCGCGGAGGCGGCUGAUCAAGACCCAGCAGAGCAUGAAGCUCAAGGGCGCCUCCCCGUUCCGCAGGCCCAACUACGGCGCGGGCGAUGGCUUCUUCGUCGAGAUUCGCGCCGGCGCGCCGCCGGCGGGCUCGGACGUGAGCUGCAGCGAUCUCUCCACGGAGGAGGUGGACGCGAUGGUGAGGCGGAUGGAGUACGUCAUGUUUGAUCACCUGAGUUGUGGGGAUGAUGCGGAGGGCAGGGCGAAAGGUUCGGGUGCUUCGGUGGACGGUUCUUGCGGAUCCAGUGAUGUGAUUUCAGAUGCUUCGGUCGAGCUGUUGGGGACGUCCAAGCAUCGCCGCCGCAGGGAGGAGGCUGCUUUGGUGGAUCACCAAGACGGAGACUCUGGUGCCUGCAAGUCGGACAUUUCUGAAGAGCUGGAUGCUAAACAUGAAACAAGCAUUCCUCAAGAUAGUGUCUGCAAUACUCCAAAGGAAUCAUCAGCUGAUACUAUUUCCAGCGCGCUCAGUGGGAUAAGCUUCGAAGAUGUUAGUUCUGAUUGUGCUGAUGCAACAUCCUCUCAGAGGAGCAAGCUGAGUAUUACCAGGAGGAGGAAAACAUCUGAAGAGGUUGGAGAGCAAAUGCGUCCUUUCAAACCCAAGCCCCCAAAUUUUCUUCCAGCAGCAACUGGUCGAGAGGCAGAGAAAGUUGAUCUCAGGCAUCAGAUGGUGGAGGAUCGGAGGACAGCUGAGGAGUGGAUGGUUGAUUACGCUCUUCGGAAGGCUGUGCAGAAAUUAGCUCGUGCUCGGAAGAGGAAAGUGGAGAUGCUUGUGCAGGCCUUUGAAACCGUUCUACCCACAGUUGCCAAUGAGAAGAAGCAGCUACACCAAGACGGUGACAAGGCAAGCUACACUCUUACUAGGCCUUCUCAAGCCUGCAGCUGAGCGUUUCAGAGUUUGUGGGUAGCUGGACUAAUCAUAAUCUGAAGGUUCUCAACGGUCACUGCAAUAUUAGUGCCAGAGACCUGCUCAACAAAUAGGGAGCAGAGAGCUGCUUACUGUCACUGUUUUCUUAUCGGGUAGUUGAGCUGCUAGGAGCUCACUGAGUUGGGUUAGUGCAAGACCUAUUGCAUGUACAUACGUCUCUUAUGCUCUAGUUUAGUGAUGAGAAAUGAGUGUAGGAGACUUGCAAACUCGAAAGAAUGUUGGGAUGUACUAUUCCUCAGACAGAUCAAUAAAGCUCUUAUUGGCUGACAUUUGUUUC